AUGUCCCAGACGAAUACCCAUGCAUGCCAGCUCAACCCCCACGCACGGGUUUGGACUCCCAAAACUCAUGAUGCACUCGCCGCGUUUUCCAAUGAAGACGCCGCCGCCCUUCCGUCGGCUCCGGAGGCGAUGUGCCACCUGGGGCGCAUUGGCGCCGCAAAUGAGGGGAGACCAAUGGCUGACGAUCCCCUUUUCGCCGCCGCAGCUGCAUUGGGGGAUUUUUCCCAUUUUUGCAUGCAAUAUUCCUUGAUGAUGGCGAGGCAAAGUUACCGCAACUUCUGUUGCCAUUGGCAGAUGCAAAAUUACGGUCAGUGCGUGGCAGACUACGAGGAUGACGGAGAUUACAUGUCCCCACCGACUGUAGCAGCGUUUUGUGACGCGCCCCUUUCAAGAGGACUCCCUACGGAUACCCAUACAAACUCAGAAGUUGCGAUUGAUAAUUUACAGAACAACCCCUGCAUUGAAGCUGCGUUAGUACAGAAAACAAAGAAUCAUCACUUUUCAUUUUCUCCCUUUCUUCCUUUUUCUCAUCCUCCUCAUUUUUUUGACUCUUUUUUGGCCCCAAAUAUGGGGGAGAUUGACACGAUGAAUUCUUGGCAACGCGGCACGUCGCCGUCUUGUUAUUCUUCCUGCUUGUUAUGUGGGAAAGAUGACCACUAUUACUCGGCCUGCCAACUAUUUGAUGGCAAGACCGUAUGCUUCAUCGAUAACUCAGAUUUUGCCGUUUAUGCCAUGCGACACGAUCAUUGGAUUGAGAGUGCCACAAUAAGUGAUGUCUAUUUAUUUGUUCGCUUGGCAGUUGGAAUUUUUCCGCAUCAUGCACUUUUGCAUGUGGGUUCCAAAGAAAUAAUUCUUGAGGAUUAUCCUCUGGAAACACUUUGUUGUGAUUUGCGGAUUUUUCCAGGGGUUGUCGUGAGCGUGUCUGUGCGCCAACCUCCUUUCGAGACAAACGUGGCGCCGUUGCGGUUUCACAAUACACGAAUUGCGGCCAAGAGGGAACGUGGACAACCGGAAAAUACCUGUGACGUGGAAGAAACAGUGGGUGAUGCGGCGUUAGAUGCCUCCACAAUUGCAAGGACAUCAGAGCUUUCUGUCUCACUCCCUUUGUUCGAGCCUCAAGCAGAUGUCGGGGACCAUGCGGUGGCAGAAUCCAUAACUGGAACUUCAACAGAUUUCAUUGAAGGCGAGAACACUUCCUUGAGCAAGGGAGGUGAUACCGCCGUGUCUUUCCCAAAGGAGCCGCGUCAUGAUGGCAAUGAUUUGGGCAACCCGCGUACUCCUAUGGCGAAACAGGAAGGUUCAACGGUGGUAUCCACAGUUUCAGUGACUUCUGUCGCUAAAUCUUCUUCUUGUUGCUUCUCGACGAGUGAUGCUUUUGAAACCUCUGGGAGUCAUCUCAAUUGUGUGGACAUUGUACGCAAAGAUAACCGUUGCAAUGAGCAACCAUUGGCUGCCACUUCUGCAGAGGUGACGAGAAUGAAACAGUCUUCUGACGCAACGGCAACUCAUGCAACAAUUCCCACCUCUCCGGGCAAACUGGCACCCAUGGAUGAGGUCAUUGACGAUGAGGAGUUGCGUCUCCGACGCACCGUACACGUAAGGUUUAUACCUGUACAGAUGCCAUUUGCGGAAAUACGAAUGCUUCUUUGGUCAUGCGGCGAGGUGCAUAAGGUGCGGCUGGUGAAGCCCAGCGAGACAACAAGCCCGAGACGAAUGUUUUACGUAUGCUUUGUCGAAUAUGCGACAGAUGAAGGCGCAGAAAGGAUGAAGAAAUUGCAGGGACAUCGUUUGGGAGAAUUUUUUCGUUUGGCCGUGGAGGGCAGUCGACAUACAAUUCACGGAGGCUAUUUCACAGAUUUCGAGGCGCACACGGGCAGACCGUGUACAUUUGGCCUGAGAGAAGCCGAGAGACGUGCAGUGGAGAGGCGUUAUUUUGGGGUUUGUGACGGUGGUUCUGAUGCUGCGUGUAAAGGCGGCGGUGGGCCGAAGAGCGGUGCCCCAAAGAGUACUUGUUGGCGGAGAGGAAAAGAACGGGGUGCCAAGGCGUGCCUGGACGCUCCUGUCGCCCUCACUACUAUGAACACUGCUGAAACCCAAGAAACCGGCAGCGACAAGGGCGAAGGCAAGGCGAAACGUGAAAAGUGCGUCGGUGAAACUGGGCCAUAUUCUCUUCGAAUUGUUUCUGCAUGUGAACUUGUGGGACGGUUGCGACGAGGUGGACGUCGACGUCGGGACGCCGUCGCUGGGGUCGGUGGUGGGGCGGCAGCAGUACCGGCAGCGCUUUCAGAUGUUUUGGGUCGUGGUGUGGACAUGAGUGAUGAAAAAUUUCUACAGGAUUGUUUGCAUGAUUUUGCCUCUCGUUAUCUGCAGCAGUUGACGCCACGAAGCGUUUUUGAAUUUCUCGUCUUGUUAGAAGGAUGCAAGUACUGUUCUGCGACUCCCACAUUCUUCCUGCUCCUCGCGAGAUAUGAGGUGGCAUUGCUCCUGCACUACGCUCCUUUUCGUACUCUGGAAGGCGUCGCAGUGACCGCCGCGCGGGCGAUUCAUUGGGGAAACGAUUUCACGCAGGUACUGAAGGAUGGUACCAAGAAUGGCGCACGUAUUGCCCCCAUUUGGCACUCUUUGUUUACAUCCAUACCCCCGGCUCGACAACCAUUUCGAGUGCCACGUUACGAUGAUCAAAAGGGCAACGAAUUGCCGGGAAGCAGAGGAGAAUUGCGGCUUUACCCGUGCUGUGGUAAAGUGCUGCGUUUUGUGGAGCUCUUACUUCAUAUUUCUCUUUUGCUUGACGAUUUUCAGUCCAACACUCCCCAGAGAAACGGAGGGGUAGAGACGGACCCGGCUGUUUUGCUGGCUGCGCCUUCAGCAAAAUGGAACGACGUGACUCAUGUUGCUCAGAAGAUGUUGUCAUGCGCCCGUUGCCUGUUGACACAGUUACUGGCUGAGAUUGUCAGUGAAGGGGAUGAUUUGUCUUCUGAAUUACCCGUUUGGCGCAGCAAAGUGUCACAGAUCUUGAAGUUGCUGCCGCCGGAGAGUGGAUUGAGCACCGGCUCUCUCGUGAGCGCGUUUCUGCCAGGAAGGAAGCAGAUUGCAGUGGCCGUGCUGGCAUCAGAGAAGGAGUUGUUUAAUUUUUAA